AGAAUAGAUAUGUCAUGCGGAAACACCAGGGAAACACCACAAGGCAGCAUUCAUACCACGAUUUUUUCGAGCCAUCAUUUUAUGCAGGUAACGUUAAUGAGGUACAAAUAGGAAAUGACAACGACGACUGGAAACGACUACCGCUCCAUCUUUCAUUUGUGCCCAAAUGACGAAGCUUUGGUUGGACUGAGAAAAGUGAACCCCGUCUUAAAGCAGGCUGUAACAACUGCCCCAGUCGCAGACGAGUUGGAAAACAAAUCACCAGAAGAUGACAGACAGCGAGAGUCCAGCCUGGUUAGAGAGGUGUCCGACAAGAUGGUGUGCUCAGCCUGCAAAUGCCUCUUCACUGCUCGUGAGGAACAGAUUGAGCACUACAAGCUUGACUGGCAUCGCUUCAACUUGAGACUAAAGAUUUCGGGAAUGCCACCAGUCACAGCUGAAGAGUUUGAAAGGAAGACCGGAGCUGGAGACAUGUCAAGUAUCUCAGGCUCAGAGUCCGAUUCAGAAGAAGACGACUCAGAUAGUGAGAGUGGGGGAACAAGCAGCAACGUCACCGGCACUGAUAAUGAGAGCUCAGUUGAAACCAGUUUAUUUACUGGCCGGGCCUCCAGCAAGGUGUUUUUCCACAACUCAGUUGGGCAAUACCUUUCAGUGUUCCGCUGCAUUCUGCGGGGACAGUCCGAUGAUGAUCAAGAUGUGGUAUCCUCACUGAAGGCCAUAAGUCAGAAAACUGUGUGGGUCAUUCUCAUGACAGGUGGAGGACACUUUGCCGGUGCUGUAUUCCAAGGAAAAGAAGUCCUUCAGCACAAGACCUUCCACCGAUACACGGUGCGAGCGAAGCGAGGCACUGCCCAAGGACUUAGAGACUCUCAGAACCGCAGUCACACGCCCAAAUCUGCAGGUGCUUCUCUGAGGCGACACAAUGAGGCGGCACUAGUCAAGGAGAUUCAGGAUCUUCUGUCUAGCUGGGCUGAACAUUUGAAAGAGGCCUCUGCAAUAUUUGUACGAGCCCCCAGCUACAAUAAAAGCAUCUUUUUUGGUGGUCGUGCAGCUCCUUUUGACAAAAAAGAUCCCAGGGUCCACACAAUUCCAUUUGCCACUCGCAGGGCAACCUUUCGAGAGGCACAGAGGGUACACGAGGUGCUUUCCACCAUCCAUGUUUAUGGGAAAGACACAGACAUGUCUGCAGUUUUCAGUCCAUCUAAGAAGGCCUGGAAGAAAUCUGUUAAACUCCGAGCACAAAUACAUACCAGUCAAGAGAAAGCAGAAGAAAACGAAAAAAACGAUAGCUCUGAUGAAGUAGAGGGUGGAGAGAUCCAGCUGGAGAUGGUGGAGGCAACAAUAGGAACUCUGGACCUCAGGGAGUCUGAGAUAUAUCCCUCCAGGCACAGGAGGAGGAGGAGGAGAAAAAAGGAGGAACCCAAACUUCUAAAUGAGGAAGCAGACAAUCAAGAAGAGGAAGUGCCAGUGGUUACACCGGCAGAAGACGCGCCUCGAGAGGCGCAAUCAAAGAACAAGAGGAAGAGGAAAGCACAGAGUAAGAAACCACUGGAAGAAACUGUUGAUGAGUCAUCAGAGUAUGGCCUGAGGGAUGAAGUGUUCACAGCCUGUAAGGUUGGGGAUACAGAUACUCUAUGUAGAGUCCUUCAGCUACCUGGAGAAACGUCAGAGAGUCGAGAGCAGUUGGACAGCAACCCUUCUGAUGUCCCAAGUGCUCUAACUCUCCUUAAUAAGCCCAUUGACUCGUCUGGGUUCACGUUGCUGCAUGUAGCCUCAGCAGCUGCACAAAAGGCAGUGGUCAGGCUGCUCCUGGACGCAGGAGCCGACCCAGCCUGCAGGGAUAACAAAGGGCAGACCCCGUAUAUUGUCGCCCCUGACAAAGACACAAGGAAUGUGUUUCGUAAAUACAUGGCUGAGAAUCCUGACAAAUAUGACUACAGCAAGGCGCAGGUCCCUGGGCCACUAACUGCAGAGAUUGAAUCCAAAAAGACGGAGAAGAAAAAGGCACAAAAGGCAUUGAGAAAACAACGCGAAAAAGAGCAGAAGGAGGAAAAGAAGAAACAAGAGUUGGAGGCAGAAGAAAAGAAGAGGUUUGCAUCUCUGACUGAUCGUGAAAAGAGAGCUCUGGCAGCAGAGAGGAGGUUAGCGGAGCAAGUUGCUGCAACAGGAGUUGGCCUCUCUAAUGUGAAGAGGUGCUGGUUGUGCGGAGAGUCUCUGCUUGGGAAGAUCCCAUUUCAGUAUCUAGAGUAUUCCUUCUGCACCCCUCGCUGUGUCCAGGCACAUCGAAAAGCCAACACUCUUCCAGGCAAGACCUAACUCUCAUGUAUAGAACACCCAUUUGAAACAUUUCAGUUGAAAGGAAGCCACUUGUGCAGCCUUGAAAGAAGAAGAAUAUGGCUUGUCAGUGUGCCAGUUUCAUUUUGAACUCUAAAAUGACAUUUUUAACAUUUAUUAUGGCAGAUGAUAUCAGAUAACUGGAUGCAUAUACUGUAUGAAAACAUUACGCAAUAAAUGUAUAAUUUAUUCACUAUUCAUUCUAUGUAAAAAACGAAAAGAAAAUGCAGUAAAAAGCUGUACUACGGUUUAUAUAUCACUGUCCUUUCUGCCACCGGCGUCAGUGAAACAAACUCCUCGAUGAAUCACUGUUUACCUGAAGCUGCUGUUUUGAAGCAGUUUUGGAUUGGGAUGAUAAAGAAUUGGCUACAAAUGAUACAGCUGAUUAGACACUGUAAAAAGAAUACCACCAAAAUAAUGCGGAAAAAAGCAUGGAGCAAAUUUCGUGAAGUGAACUGUUCAGAAGACUCUGCUUCAGUCAAACUUCUUCAUACAGAUUUGGGGAUGUAUAAUUUUACAGCUAAAUGUUUAGAAAAUGUUGUGGCACUAAACUAAGUGCUCUGUUAAGACUUUUUGACAUUAAGCUGAGGCCGGUCCAUGAAGAGAACCCGUAGGUGUGCUGGGGCCCCCUCCAGCUCCAGCACUGUGAUGUUGUUGGGCAGGGUGGUGCUGAGUAGGGGUCCAGGGAUAUAGAGAGUCAAUUGAGGGCCCCUUGCUGGCCAGUAUCGUCCCAGAUUAACACCAUUAAUCCAAACCUGACCCUGUUAUAAAAAAAGACAACAAUGAUUAGGAUACAAUAAUGAAAUCCUCCCACAGGAUUAAAAAAUAAAUAAAUCAACAUUACCUUUGUCCAUUCAUUGAGUUUGAGAAAGGUGUCCCAGGCAAGGCCGUUGGGCUGUAAAGUUCCCAUGUAGAAAACUGG